GGACGAUGAAUUGAAGCCUUAUGUGGAACCUCUGCCAGACUACAAGGACCCUCGGCGGACAGAGCUCAUGAUUUCCAUGGGAUACACCCGGGAAGAAAUCCAGGACUCCUUAGUCAGCCAGAAGUAUAAUGAAGUUAUGGCGACGUAUCUGCUGCUAGGUUACAAAAACUCAGAGGUUGGCUCUUCUGUUUCCUUUGAAACUCUGUCAGUGGAAAAGUCUGAGCAGAAGGCUUCCAAGCGCAUUGUGCAUGCGGCCACCAGGUUCCAGCACCUGCCUCCCGAAUUGGCAGUGCCCUCCACCCACCCCUGGACUUUCCGAGCGCUGCUCACUGUCAGGGUUUCCUAUUAGAGUUUUGCAGUUGCCAACCUGACGUGGUUAAAACGUGCAAUUGACAGACUGCACUCUUUCUGUUCGCCGCUGGAUGCAAUCAGAAGCAAGGCUGUACCUCCUUUUGUAAUAUCGCUGGAGAUCACCGGAUGCAGAAUUUCAUUUCACCCAUUUCUUAGCAGCGUCCCAAUCCUCGUGCAUUUCCUAGCAAGUCUUUCCCCCUUCCCCCCUCCCCUUUCCCCAUCCUAGU